AUGACAUCUACAAUCCCACCAACAAUGCGCGCCUGGAUCCGCCCCCAGCGCGGCCCAGCAACAAACCUCCAACUAUCCACCACUCACCCCACACCACCCCCACCACCACCCUCAUCCCCAGACGUCCUAAUCCGCACAUCCCACGUCUCCCUAACCUUCAACACAGAAAUGCUAAUGAACCUAAUCCCAUCCACACCCCUCACACGCCCCUGGAUACCCGAGAUCGAAUUCUCCGGCGAAGUCAUCGCCGCGGGAGACAACGCGCCACCCGAAGUACGCGAGCCCGGCACACACGUAAUCGGGUUCCAGAGUAUCCUUGGCUAUGCGACGGGUCGAGGCGUGUUGGCGGAGUAUAUCCGCGUACCGGGGACUCAUCUUGCGCGUGUUGAUCCCGGUGUUGAUAUGGCGGCGGUGUCGGGGAUUAAUGGGGCGGGGAGUUGUGCGUUGAAGAUGUGUCGGAGGGCCGGGGUGAGGGAGGGUCAUGUUGUGCUUGUUAAUGGGGCGAGUGGAUCUGUUGGAUCGGUGCUUGUGCAGUUGUGUAAGGUGCGUGGGGCGAGGGUGGUUGGUGUUGCUAGUGGUGGGAAUGAGGAGAUGGUUCGUGGAUUGGGGGUUGAUGAGUUCAUCGACUAUCGCAAACAUGACUCGCUACCGGAGUACCUAGCGAGUCAAUACGGCGAUAAGCCAUUCGACUUUGUGCUCGACUGCGUCGGCACGCAGGCGCUCUAUGUCAAUUCACCGGCUUAUCUCAAGGCUGAAGGUGCUGUGAUUAAUAUUGGCUUUUUGGAGGGUAUUGCAGCAACGACGCUCCAUGUACUGGCUAAUCAAUUCUUGCCUACGUGGUUGGGUGGGGUGCCGCGUCGGUAUAUCACGUUUAGUACGCCGCCAACACGGGACGCUGCUAUUUAUUUGGCGAAAUUGGUGGAGGAAGGUUCUAUACGGAUUCCUGUGGAUUCGGUAUUUGAUAUGGAGGAUGUUGUGGCUGCUUAUGAGCGUGUGGCUACGAAGCGCGCGAGAGGUAAGGUUGUGAUUAAGGUGCGGAGGGACUAG